CUGUGCGUCAUGCUAACCAAAUUACCCCACAGGUUUAUUUAUAGUUAAUUCCAAAGAAUACUUUAGUGUUUCGGUUUGAGACAACACCUUCUGCCGAGCGACCACCUCCCCCCAGAGCCACACGACACGAGAAACCCGAGGAUUAUCGUGCGUUUAGCUUGUUUAGCGGCGUUAUUCACACUUCCGGGUUAGCAUAACGGUCCAGCUAGCCAAUGAGCUAGCCCAGCUUAGUGCAGCUUGGGGGCUAAUACACCGAGAGCCGCUUGUCAGCUUUGCUGCUCCGUCAGCUGUUCGGAUGGAAACAUCGUAAACAGAGCUGAGUUAACAUGAAAUAACCACUUUACUGGUACGUAGAACACUCCAUUAAACCCAGCGCAAGCCACCGAGUCAGCUUUUGACACUUAAAAAGUCAUUGAUGGGGGACGUUAGCUUGCUAAGCUAACUUUCUGAUUUCCAGACAAAACACACACACACAAAAGAAGCCACCACCGACAGUCGAGAUGCAGAAAUCGAAGAAGGCCGUUGCGGAGGAGGCCACGGUGGAUGUGAAGUUUACAGAUCUACCAAACGCCCUGAUCGCCUGCAGAGUGCCGGAGGACCUGUUCGGGGAAGGCAUCCUCAAGGCCAGCUUUGAGGCCCUGUUCCGAUCGUUCGACCCAGAAGUGCAGUUCCAGUACUUCAGGUCUUUCCGGCGGGUCCGGAUCAGCUUCAGUGAUGCUCUGGCUGCAGCGGAGGCCCGGCUGCGGCUGCAUAAGACCGACUUCAGUGGCAAAGAGAUGAGACUCUACUUUGCUCAGUCUGUCCACAUAGGGAGUCCUCGGCUGGAGCCUCCCAAGCCCGAUAAGCAGUUCCUGAUCUCCCCCCCGGCCUCCCCUCCCGUCGGCUGGGAGCAGGCUCAAGACGCCAUGCCCGUGGUCAACUACGACCUGCUGUGCGCCAUCUCAAAGCUCGGACCAGGGGACAAAUACGAGCUCCAGACGGCCACGCCCACCACCCCCAGCGUGGUCGUCCACGUCUGCGAGGACGAGCGCGGCGACAGCUCGGCGCCCGACGACAGCGACCAGGACGACCAGCCCCGCCCCCAGCGGCCCAAGAUCAUCCAGACGCGGCGUCCUGACUACAGCCCCGAGGUCAAGCAGUGAGCGGCGGCACGGGGGGGGCAGCAGUGUGAUGACUGUAACAUUCCAUCCUGAUGAGACUGGUCAAGAGCUGAACUCACUCUCGGAGCUUUGAGGGUUUGGCGCCCGCGGGUGCCGAGACGUCCCGUAGACGAGCAUUUCAUAAGAAGGAGAGAAAACAUAAUGUGGAAUGCUGCAUUCAUGUCCCAUGGGAAAUACAGGAGAUAUGAACUACAUAGUCUGUGUAGCCAUCAGUUGAUAUGUAAUGUGUGAAUUUGCUUUUUUUUUUUGGAGAUGGAACUGUAGGAAAUGAUGUAUACCACUUUUUUUAUUGUAGUGUGGUCGGAGACUUUGGUUUGUGGUGAUGUUUUUGUGCGAUGAAGCUGGUCAGGUGCAAAUAAAGUCUGUGCAGGAGCAUCGAAGCAGAUGUUGGAUGUUAUUCCCACACGACAUGAAUGCAGCAUCGUUCUGCGAAAAUCAUGUUUGCGUUUUUUGGGAUGUGCCGAGUGGACAGAAAAUGAUCCGGCUGUCAAAGUUGAGGAUUUAAACCUAACUCACCGCUGGCAUGUGGUUUUUUUUGUGCGUUUUUUUUCAGUUCCCCUCCGGUUUGCGUGCUCGUUAGCUACAAGGUCACGUCGGCGCCGCAGCUCCUGUUACUCUUAACCGUUGUUAGAUGUGUCGGGGGAUGAGGAGCCCGGUGGAAGCUCGCCUUACUCGCACUCAGACCGGCUAACACUACAAACAUGGCUCCUUCAAAACGACAGUGUUCCCGUCACGAUGUCUAACAGUGUUAUUUGUGGAUUCUUUCCCUUCUCUGCGUCUGUGGUUUGCUUGUAGAUUAGUGAAGAAGUGUUAAAACUUUUAUUUUUAUUGGAAUGUAGUUUUAACGCCAAGCCCGUUGCCCGAGGGAAACUAAUGUAUAUCGUUGUUUUUUGGAAAAAAUAGGGCUAACUCCUUUUUUUUGUGUGUGUGUUCACUUGGGCAAAAUAAUAUCCAAACAAUAUGUGUGAGAAAAUCAAAGUGCAGCACAGUGACUCAGGGCCCGGCUCAGCUCUCAGCCUCUUCUCGUGGGUCCUCACUUGAUCACAGUGCUCAUUAGUGUGUGUGUGUGGCUUCUAGUCAAUGUCUCACUGUAAUCACACAAGCUGUCUGCAUGUUAAACCAACAUCUGUGGGCAAACACGCACCAGAAGCAUGUUCUGUGUUCAGUGUUGUCCAAACCACUCUCUCUAAUGUCAGAGUUCCAUAUUGUCAAAAAAAAACAAUUUUCUUUCAGUCACUGUUUAGAAAGUAAAACCCUGGAACCCUAAGUUUUUAUUUAAGGAAGCCCCAGUAUAAACAGACACCUGUUUGUGUUGUCACCACUAAAACACAUUCUAUUCUGAAAGGAAAUAUUUUUAUGCUUUUAUUUGACGGGGACGGUGAAGACAGAAAAGGACUUUCAGGUCUAAAAUGUCUCUUUAAGAGUUUGAACACAGAGUAAGAGUUCCAGGGGUUUCCUCAGGGGGCUCUGUUAGGGUCAGUUCACAUCUGCACCAAUAUAUAAAUAUAUAUAUUAAUGCUGCUGACACAAACUCCUCACUUAUAAUAAUAAUAACCUUUUACAUGUGUAUAGCACCUUUCAAAUCACAGUUACAAGGCGCUUUAUAAGUACAAAUACAAAAACAAAGAGGUUACAACAUAUUAUCCGAAUAAUUUGUGUUGAAGAGGCUCAGAAUCAACUGUAAACGUGUUGUCUUGGCUUGAAUGGGCUUUGCUUUUGCCAUUUUUAUCUCAUAACGAUUUACAUAAUCUGCCAACUUGCGAGUGUUAAUUAAAAAACGGACGGCUGUUGCUUUUUUUUUGUCUGUUUCUUUCCGACGAUCUUCAUUCCGGGUGAAGGCAGAAUGUGAGCUUGUGGAAGCAGCACUGUGAAACACGCCGGCACUGCCAGCCAGGCCGACAGCUCGUCUGUCCCACGCUGCUGCAGAAGGCUCUUGUCAAGUUUGGCUACUUUUGUACUACUGGUAAUUUUGAGUUGAUUUGUAUUCAAGAGGAAAUAACAUUACUGAGUUACGAUUAAAUAAAAGAUUUUACCAUUGAA